AUGACGGAAGAAUUGGAGGAGAGUUUGUGGAGCAGAAUGCCUGCGGAUAUUCGUGAGCUAGUUCUGCAACGACUCCCGCUUGAAGUGCUUUACAGAUUCCGAGCUGUGUGCAAGCAUUGGCGUGCAUUGCCGUUGUCACCCGAGUUUUGCAGAUCUGUCACUCACCCUCAGUCGAAGCAUUCGUACCUUCUUGGCAUACAACCCAUAGGGUUACUUCAAACUUGUCCUAUUUAUAAUCCCAUAGCGAAGAGCUUGAGUUGGAUAGACCUGGGAUUUCUGGAAUCUAGGUUUGAGCGGUUUACGUUCGAGCGGUGGGUUAACGACGAUGAUCCUUGGGGAAGUAGUGAAUUCAGAGGAGCAAGCUCAGACGGUGGACUUCUCUGCGUCUGCGUUAGAAUACACGAAUCUGAGCAAGAUGCUAUUUUUGUCUGUAAUCCUUUAACUAGGGCUUGCAAUUUGCUUCCUCUCAUCGAAGGUAACACCUGGGGAAUGUGUCUGGGACUGUCCAUCCGCGUGGAGAACUACGGCCAUUAUAGAGUGUUUGCAACGAAACACGGCAAAGUGGGGAAUAAGUUUGAGCAGAGACUCUACACGUAUGACUCCGUUUCUGCUUCUUGGAAGGUGGUCCCCAAAUGUACACGCUUCCCCCACGACUCCAUUUCGGGUGCCUUCUGCAAAGGCAUCUACUAUGCCUUGUAUUUGGAAGGUUCCCACGAGCUUGUUCUAAUGUCUUACGACACUGAUCACGAUGCGUGGGUGGACACUGGAGUGGUGGUGCCCUGCACUUCCAACUCCCGAGCCAAACUUGUGGUGAGCAACGACCGUUUGUUUUGCGUAUCUUACUUCCACCAAAACGAGCACAAUCUGUACGUGACCAUCUCCGAAGUGAAUCUUCACACAACUAUGGUUCUGGGAAUUUCAGUCAGCGAGAUUGAGCUUCCUGAUCAAUCCCAGCUCUUUGUUCACUCCAACUGGGAUGUUCUUGGAUAUAGGAAUUCUCUUAUCUUUCACACAAGGUCUGUUGCUGCAUUUGUCUUCGACUUCACAACAGAUCUACCAGAGUGGAGACCCAUGAAUUUGGAACCUCUUGGCAAUUCUCGUUCUCAUAUAUUGCUCGUAGCUCUUACCUUUGACCUUCGAGCAGCGGUCGAGUAG